CGUCUUGCUCUAAUUUUAUGGCUCCAACGCCAAUCCUUUCGGGGUUUCGUUGGCAUGCCUCCAUGUUUGUAAACAAUAAUUAAUUAUUUCUUGCAACAACAAGAACAAUAAACACACAGCUGAUGGAGUAGUGCUUUGAACAUGGGCAUGGCUACCUGCAGCUCAACAUCCUCCAAGAUCGCCCCUUCUAAAGAUGCUUUAAAACCUUCCUGCGAACAUCCCAUUCUGUCAACAUUCGAUAUUCCCACAUCGCCAGUCCCCAAAACGGACCCCUAUGAGCACCUCCACAUCGCUCCCAACCUGGAUGGCACCAUCACUCGCUUGUUAAACGUUCCAACUGUAGAAGCAAACCCUGAGGCCACCCACGGCGACGCUGUGGUCUGCAAGGACUUGACUCUAAAUGCCGAAAAGCAAACUUGGAUUCGCAUAUACAGGCCCACUAAACUACCCUCCAAUGAUAACACCAUAGCUCGUCUUCCUAUUAUUAUUUACUUCCACGGCGGUGGCUUUAUACUCUUGAAAGCCUCUAUGAAGCAACCCCACCAGACAUGUUCUGAGUUAGCCAGCGAAAUCCCUGCGAUUGUGGUUUCGCUGGAUUACCGUCUUGCUCCGGAGCACCGGCUUCCAGCUCAAUAUGAAGAUGCAAUAGACGCGAUUCUAUGGGCGAAGCAACAGGUUAUGGAUACAAAUGGAGAGCAGUGGCUGAAAGAUUACGGGGAUUGCUCCCGCUGCUAUUUGUGUGGCCGUGGUUGCGGUGGGAAUAUGGUAUUUCAUGCAGCUUUAAGUGCAUUAGAUUUGGAUUUAAAACCACUAAAGAUUUCUGGGUUGGUUUUGAACCAACCCAUGUUUGGAGGGAGUGAGAGGAAGAAAUCAGAGCUCAUGUCUGUGGAUGAUCCGGUAUUGCCGAUACAAGCACUGGAUCUCAUGUGGGAACUAUCUUUGCCAGUAGGAACAGAUCGGGACCAUCCGUUUUGUAAUCCUGUAGUAGAAGGUCCACACAAGAGGAAGAUCAGCUCGUUAGGGAGGUGUUUGGUGACAGGAUUCUCAGGGGAUGCCAUGUUUGAUAGGAUGCAGGAUUUGGUGUCAAUGCUAUUGAGAUCUGGAGUGAAGGUGGAAGCAAGGUUCCAUGAUCCUGGGUUCCACAACGUUGAUAUUGUGGACGGGCAAUGCGCUCUCACCCUUUUAAACAGUAUAAAAGAGUUUGUCAUCUAAAAAUUUUCUGUGCUUUUUUUC